AGGCUACAUAAACAAACAAAAGCAAGAUAUUAUAUUACAUUAAUUUCGUAGUCUUAAGAUAUAUUUGACGCUUUAAUUUUUUUAAAAACAUGUAUAUCAGGAAGUCAUUUGUUCCAGUGAAGCUCUAAAAUAACAAAAACUAUAAAAAAGCAGGGCUAGCUAAGUUAGCUUGCGGGCUAAAGUAGUGUUUAGCUCGACAUGUUUAUUUUAGUGCUGGACGAAGGAGCGCGACAUGAUGGCAUGAAACUGUCGCAGUGAUAGCAAGUGGCUGCACUUCUUUCACUGAAGGUUGGUGGGAAAACAGGUGAAACUUGGCUCCAGUUUUUUUUAACCGGAACUGCACUCCCUAAGAUCGUAAGCCAUGGCGUGGGCUCUGAAGUUGCCCCUCACGGAUGAAGUGAUUGAGUCCGGACUGGUCCAGGACUUUGAUGCCAGUCUGUCGGGCAUUGGUCAGGAGCUGGGUGCUGGUGCAUACAGCAUGAGCGAUGUACUCGCCCUCCCCAUCUUCAAGCAGGAGGAGUCCAACCUUCCGCCAGACUCCGACAACAAGAUCCUUCCCUUCCAGUAUGUUCUGUGCGCAGCUACCUCGCCAGCCGUUAAACUGCAUGAUGAAACACUCACCUACCUCAACCAAGGGCAGUCCUAUGAAAUUAUAAUGCUUGACAAUCGGAAAAUUGGGGAACUUCCAGAAAUCACUGGCAAAAUGGUUAAGAGCAUUAUCCGUGUGGUGUUUCAUGACAGAAGACUACAGUACACAGAGCACCAGCAGCUGGAAGGCUGGCGCUGGAACAGGCCUGGGGAUCGUAUUCUUGACCUGGAUAUCCCCAUGUCUGUUGGCAUAAUCGACCCCAGGGCUAACCCUACUCAGCUUAACACUGUGGAGUUCCUUUGGGAACCAUCAAAAAGAACCUCAGUUUUUAUCCAGGUUCACUGCAUCAGCACAGAAUUCACUAUGCGCAAGCACGGGGGGGAAAAGGGUGUUCCUUUUCGCGUCCAGAUCGACACAUUCAAAGAGAAUGAGAGCGGAGAGUACACAGAACAUACCCACUCAGCCUCUUGCCAGGUCAAAGUCUUUAAGCCUAAAGGUGCAGACAGGAAGCAGAAGACGGACAGGGAGAAGAUGGAGAAGAGGGCGCCACAGGAGAAGGAGAAAUAUCAGCCAUCGUAUGAAACCACAAUCCUUACAGAGUGCUCUCCUUGGCCUGAGAUCACAUAUGUCAACAACUCCCCAUCUCCAGGCUUCAACAGCACACCAAACAGCUUCCCAGUCGCAGAAGGAAAUGGAUCACCAAGCCAUCAGCCCGAGCCUGUUGUUCAGGUAGCAGACAAUUUGUUACCCACAGCCACACCGCAGGAUGCACAACAGUGGCUUCUUAGAAACCGCUUCUCACCUUUCUGUCGUCUCUUCACUAACUUCUCAGGGGCAGACCUGUUAAAGCUGACCAGGGAGGAUGUCAUACAGAUCUGUGGUCCAGCUGAUGGUAUUAGACUCUUCAACGCUCUGAAGGGGCGGGUGGUACGUCCGAGGCUGACCAUCUAUGUAUGCCAGGAGUCUCAGCAGUCACGCGAACAGCAACCGAAGCAUGAAAACGGAGACGGUGCCGCCAACACUUUUUUUGUAUAUCACGCCAUUUACCUGGAGGACCUCACAGCCGGGGAGUUGACAGAAAAGAUCGCUCAGCUCUUCAACAUCUCACCCAGACAGAUAAACCAGAUCUUUAAACAGGGCCCCACUGGCAUCCAUGUGCUCGUUAGUGAUGAGAUGAUUCAAAACUUUCAAGAUGAAGUAUGUUUUGUUUUGGACACAAUGAAAGACGAGUCAAAUGACGGCUACCACAUCAUCUUGAAGUGAAUACUGGACAAUAGGACAGUAGCGUAGCCUCGUUCUCCUUAGACCCGAUCCAGUCAGCCCCUCUAGAGCUUCAUACUCCUCGAUGUUCCUGGAAUAUGUGAAGACGCCCCAAGAAGCCCAUUUUCGAGGCUGUUAGGAGGAACAUGCGACUGAAGCACCUGGCCUCUUCUCACUUACUGUCUUACGUUUUUGAGGGAGUGACCGUGUUACCACAAGUGAAGUAACAUUCUCCUUCUUGCCCCCUUCCCGCCCGCCACCGAUCGUCCCCCCCCUCCACCCCCCGUAAAUGGUUGCAUUUUUCCUCUUGUCGUUUAUGUCUCAUGAUGAAAGAGGUUAGUGGCACCACAGCUGCUAUCGCUGGUAGUCUGCUGAGCAUCUGGUGUGCCAAAGCUCUGUGCUUUCAGAAUCAAGUUUGUUGUCUCUUUUUAUAAAAACAACAACCAAAAAAGGGAAAAAAAAAACCAACAUAUCAAAGCGACGAAAUAGAGAGACAGUUACACAGUUCACAGCAUUUGGCCUUACUGGGAUUUAGGUAAGCCAGUCUGCAAGAAACACGGUUAUAGCUCAUACAAUCACAUAUUUACAUGAAAGCACCACAAGAGGCAUCAACAAUCAGGACAUGAAGCGAAACUGUUAGGAAACUAGCUGUCCUGUGGUUCCUCGAAAAGUUAAGUGUCUUUUUUUUUUUUUUUGUUUUUUCAGACUCCCAAACACUGCUUGUAGUGAUCUUGUAGUUAGUGUACUAUUGACACUCAUGGUUGUUACAUAUGAAUCUUGAAUGACGAUAAAACACUGCCUAUGUUAGCGAUCACAAUGGCAACACCAGCAAAUUGUCCCUUCCUUAUCCUCCAUAUCAGCUUUUUUUUUUAGCACAUCAGCAUUUCACGACGUUUGUCUUUUGUGGCAUUUUUUUAAAAAGUAGAUCAUCAUUUUAAAUGUUUGUUUUUUUGCAAUGAAUCAUGCACUAUGUUGGCAGAUUUUAUAAUCUUUUUAACAUACUUACAUUUUCUCUGUCAUUGUUUUUUUCUUCUUUUUUUUUUUGGGAUAUUACCACUUACAAAUAUUAGUACAUGUUAAUGGGUUGUCGUCAGGCACACCAGAGCUGCAUGUUGAAAAGAUAUGGUUAGUUUAUGUUCAAUCCAUUGUAACCGCUUACAUGAAAUCGAUAGCUUGACAUUUUAGAUAUCUUUGCCCCAUCUCAUCAGCCUUAUUAAAAAUACUUACCCAUGUACUGCCCGCCAUCUGUUGUCUCUGUCCUCGUAAUGUUUGCUAAAAAAAUAAAAUAAAAUGUGGUUUUUAACAACGUCCUAAAUGUUAUUAAGCCCCUUGGAAAAAUGCUUAGAGGUGAUAUAUGAUUUCAUAUACAUACAGUAGAUUAUUUUCCUUUGGUUGACAGAUGUGGAGGGUUACUUCUAGGACCUGACCAAUACUGGGUUUUUGGGGCCAAUGCUGAUACCGAUAUUAUGGUGUAAAAAACUUCCAAUAUGGAUAUGUCUGCUGAUUAUUUUACAGAUAAAGAAUAUAUACAUAAACAUACAAUAUUUUUUUUGCAGUGAUCAAACA